AUGAAUACCUCAAAAACAUUUGCUGUUUUCUUUGUCCUCUUCCUCGCUUUCAUCUCUUCAACAAAUGCUCAUUUGUCUCUUGUAGCUCCGAAACGUAGAGGAAGUGAUGAAGGAACGAUGACCGAGGCUCCUUGUGGAGGUUUUAGUGUAGUAAACACAGCUGCCAUAUCCGAUUUUCCAGUUACAGAUGGUGUAGCAACAACCAAGUUCGAAGAUGGUAAUGGUAUGAUGUAUUUCAACUACGCUCCCACUUCUGAUGGUCCUUUCAUGCCCGUUUCAGAUAAUGUCACAAUUAACGUUCCCGAAGGUUCUAAUGAUGGAGCUCAAUUUCAAACAAAUAUUACUCUCUCUUUAGCAAAUGCCAAAGUUGGUGAUUCGGGUGUGCUACAAGCUAUUUACAAUUCAACCAGUGGAAAUACUACGUGGUAUCAAUGUGCUGAUAUCAAGGUUGUAAAUGCUAAAGUAUCCGCUGAUGCUAGAGCCAUUGGCGCCGACAUGCUCGCUUCCCUUAUAUUUAGUUUUGCUUCUUUGUUAAUGAUUCUAUAA